AUGAAAUCCUAUCAGGUAACAAGAAAAAGCAUUGCUGUAACAUUUUUCCUGGACAGGGAUGGAGCAGACGUGAGGGGAUACUUUGCGUGGUCAUUACUGGAUAACUUUGAGUGGGCUCAAGGCUAUACCAAGCGUUUUGGUUUAGUUUACAUCGACUACAAGAAUGAGCUCUCUAGGCACCCAAAAUCUUCGGCCUACUGGUUUUUGAGGUUCUUUAAAGGUGGUGAAGGGAAACAUGACAAGGAACAGUAA